UUAAAGAUGGCGCCUCAACCGACAGAAGAGGAGAAGGCCACUGGGGAUAGUAUUAGUCAACAAAAACAAAUGGAUGAAUUCUUCGAAUGGGCUGCAACACGUGAACCUGAAACCAUGACAGGGAAAUUGAAGAGGAAAGUGAAAGAGAAUCCCCUUGUUCCCGUAGGUGCUCUUUGUACAAUUGGUGCUCUUUCAUAUGGUCUUUUUUCAUUUGUUCGUGGUGAUCAGAAAAUGCAGCAAUACAUGAUGAGGGCACGUGUUGCUGCUCAAGGAGGGACUCUAAUGGCUGUUGUUGCAGGAGUUUUUUACAUGCUUUACCAAGAAAGACAAGCUAAGGGUGGCAAAACAUGAAAAUGGUACACUGUGACAGUAAGACUGGGCACUGUUGGAGUCGCAUUUGUGGAACUGCGCACAACAGCGAGUGCUGAAAAGAGUAAUUGUACUAAGGGUGGUUUGCAAGUUUUAUGUUUCUAUAAGAUGGUGAUGCAACUUGUACAAUGUAAACUGUGUUCUGACGAAUUUCACCAUUGAGGAUUAAGGCCCCUAUUAUUAAUGAAUGCCCUGAUCACCAAUCAAUUGUGGUUUGGGAAAUUUAUAAGUUACAGAGCAAGAGUAAUAAUUUAUAGUUUUUAAUAAGAGGUCCCCUCCUAUCACCUCUUUUUGCUCCUUUAUCUGGGUAAGUUUAGAAUUAUCAGAGAUUGGAUCAAUGGCUGAUGUGAACUUGUAUACCCAGCAACUAUCAAGCAAUUUGUUGGAAAGGGAGAAAGUACAGUCUUUACACUUAAAGCAAAUUUCUAAUUCUGUACUAAAAUAUGACUUUACUUUUUCACACAAAGUUGUAACUGCAAUCUCUCAUGAAAUAAAAUUUCAUUUAACUGUUAAAAUACAAAUCUCCAAACUUUGCCAUCUUGACUGUCAACAGAAAAAUAAAGCUUAAAAUUUAAUUCA